GUUCGUGGUACUGCUUUGAGGACCAUCUGCGCGCGUCCCAGCGCACAUUUCGUGUACCGGCGAUGGUGUUCGACUCGGCGCCGAGCCGGGCAACGACCAAGGCGCUCCGCGAGACGUGGAAAGGUGCUGGCAACUUGCCGUCGCUCGGGCUCUCGCUGGGCAUGCGCGCCUUCCUCGUGCAGUUGACCUUGUAUCCGUACGUGACGCGCACGGCCAACGUCUUUGGCUUGCACUGGCAGCGCUUCUUUGUCGAGCAGGCGCACAUUCCCAAGCUCUUUCUGUACUCGAACGCGGACGAAAUUGUGAGCGCCGAGUGCGUCCAAGCAGCCAUCGAGGACGCGACCGCCCGCGGGAGUGACGUGGCGAGUGUCAACUAUGGUCAGUCGCCGCACGUCUCGCACCUUGCGACCGACCCGGUGGGCUACACCCAACACCUGCAGGCUUUUCUGGACAAGCACGUGCGAUAA